AUGAAACCAUGUUCUAUGGCUUUGGGCAGUGAUUUUGAGUAUAGCUUCGACACAGUGUAUCUAGUCCUCUUGGUGAUUUGCCCUUCAAGUCGUGUCACAUAUAUUUUGGAUUCUCUCAUGAAGCCUAAGAAAAAUCCUCUCGACACCUGCUACCUGCUCAAACUUUUGGACAUGGCUUUUGCGAGGUAUGAAAAAACACAUCAACUCCAAUUGUAUGGAUGUUCGCUGAGUUGGCGUAUCCGAGAGUCAGCUGAGUGGGCACUAUGUAAUGAAAUAAAUGUUUGAUUUUGUAAUGACCAGGCAAUAUGGAUUCCCGAAUAGAUGAGAAUGGAGGACGGCUUCUACACUUGAUUAUGUGACAAUUAUACUUCAAGUUUUAUGUAGUAAGAUAUGAUCAAAUCAAGUUGUUUUUUGUGACAGGCAAACACGUUUAUAUUAAUGGCAAUAAUGAUUGGUUAUUUAGCA